AUGAAGUCCUCUUUUAUCACUGCUAGCCUCGCUGCUCUGGCGGCUGCCGCCCCCUCGGCGCAGGAGAAGAUCCAAGCUAUGCGCUUGGACGGUAAGAUGGUUAUGGUUGAUUCCAAGAACCCUGGCGGCAAGGUACCCCAGGAGGCUGCCGAGUGUGGUAUUGAGUUUAAGUUUAUCACGGAUAGCUGCCCUGCUAUUAUUGAAAAGGCCAAGAAGUUGGCUAGCACGGCGCCGGACGAUACGUUUACUAAGGCCUUUGGUAAGGCGGACAAGCCCACGCGUGAUACUGUGGCCAAUAUACUGGGCAAGAUGCAGAAGCGCUGCGGCGCCGCCAAAAACGACAACAUCAACUACUUGUGCAGCGACCCUGAGAACAUGUGUGCCGACGGCCAGUAUCUAUGGUACUAUUCCGCUGCCGGUGAUAAGGCUAUUAACACACAUAUCUGCCCUAUCGCCUUUUCUGUGUUAGACUUCGACUACCCCGGGAUGUGCAUCGAGCGCUACAUUUACAGCCAGCACGCGCUCCUGGUCUGGGCUAUGGGUGGUAACCCCAAGAGUGGCCUGGGUCUGGACUUUGAGAACGAGGAUCUACUCAAGAAUGUGUUUACCUACAGUUCCUGGACGCAUUUCUUUGGUAAGCAGGAGUGCGAGGACGAUAAGGCCAUGUCGCCUAACCCCGCCAAGCUUACUAUUAGCAAAUUCUAA